AUGAAUAUAAAUGUUAUUAUCAUUUUAGGGGGUCCAAAACCUAUAUGUCGAAAUACUAAAUACCGUGCAUGGUAUAAAUCAAUGCAUGAUAUUGGAGUUCCACUAUCAUCUACAAAUGUGGAACAUACUCUUAAUUUUCAUAAAUUAUUUAAAGAUGGAACAUCAAUUGAUGAAAUGAUAAAUUGUAUUUAUGCUUUUAUAAAGUAUUAUGAUACAUUAAAAAAUGAUUUAUUUAAUGAACAUAAGACAAUAUUUACAGAAAGGAUGAAAAUUAAACAAAAAUUAGAUAUGUCAACUAAAUUUGUAUGA